AUGCCCGAGGGUCGAGGUGAGUCGAUGAAAAAACUACAAAUCUUUGUGAGACUGAAGCUCUUCGGUGAUGUUUUCCUUCGUGUUAAAGCGAAGUUUGUACUCGUUACCGUUGAGGAUGUUUUGAUUGUCAUGAACGGCGAAAAACCGUUUUUUUUUCUGCCGCCGAACGUGAGAAAAUCCUCGAAAGUCGUGUUAAACCUUUAAAGAUGGAGGAAACUGUUGUAGUAAAAACACACAUGGGAGUAAAGAGUCGAGACAUUCCGAGUGAUUCUGAGAAUUGGCUGCAUGUGACCUGCAUGUUUUCCUAAAGGGUUGCUCUGGAGAUUUGUCCAGUUGAAAAAUGCUCUGGUAGGAGAUGGGUCCAGCUAUUUUUCCAUCUUGGUGAUGUUUGGAUUUUUCCACAUGGACAUGGACGCCCCCUUUUCCAAGCUCUGAGAGUUCAUAUUUAUAGUUUAAUUGAGAUGAUUGAGUCUCUCACCAGAGUGUGAGAAAAAAAACACAAAUACUAUUUUAGAGCUUCAACAAUUGGUCAAUUUGAUGGUGGAACAAACAAUGAGGUAGUAACAGCCACAGGGAAUCAGUGUAAUUGGACUUUGAAUAAUAUUGUUGACCCGUAUCAUCAUUAAGGUUUUCUGAAUUUUAACGUAAGAAUAAAUACACGCUUGAUGAAGAAGAAAACAGGUGAUUAUUUGAGAGAAACCAAAUAACCAGUCAGUGGAUUAAUCCAGCUAACAAAUUACAUUUUGACAUAUUUGGCAUCAGGACUGAUAUCACCAAAUAAAAAACACAUUUUUCCCAUCGCCAAUGACAGCAUAUUGGAGAUAAACCAAUUACCCACUGAGCAAUAGCAGCUAUCAGAUAUCUAGUUUUUUUUAAGACCUAAUUUCAACCGUCUAGAGUCUGCAUAUUUUUAGAUGUUGCACUUUAACCCAUCAUUCGAUAACUAUUUAUCUCAAAAACCAACUGUGAGUUACAUAACUGAUCUCCAAGUACUUAACCAAAAUAAUAAUGAUAGUCGUUGAGCAAUAAACAGUAAAGAUAUCGCCCAGAUUUAGACUUGGUCUAAAUUUAGACAUCUAUAAACUUUAAUUUUUAGACCUGUGGUAGCCUGAUUUUAGACCAGCCGUCUAGGCUACAUUUGGACGUCUGUUAGACCUCUUUUAGACCCAUAAAUGCUCAGAGGGUAGUCAAUCAGUCAAUCAGUAGGGUGAUUAAUGGCAUCAUGUGGGCCAUUGGCUCACCUGCUCUCUCACUAUCAGAAUCAGCAUACCGUAUUUUUCGCACUUUAAGGCGCACCUGAUUAUAGGGCACACCAUCAAUGAACGUGUCUAUUUUUAUAAAUAAGGCGCACCAGAUUAUAAAUUAUAAAUAUAAACACCGCAAGGCUACGGUAGCUGCAGUGCUCCGACAAGCCAAAAGGAUUUUAAGUGCGCCUUAUAGUGUGCGAAAAUUACGGUAUAUCAUGAAGUUAUUGUCCAACAAAGCCUGUCCUAAUGCCAUAGUUUGCAUCAUGUUCUGCUGCAUAAUUAGCUCAAAAGCAGAAAGUGGGUCUUAAAAAUUGGUUAACGAUAUAAUUUAUGUUGAAUAUCUGCAAAUAACGUUGUGUGUUUAAGACAGAAGCCUUUUGCAUACCUUUGCACAGUCAUAUUAAUGCAAACUUGUUCCUCAUCAACAUGAUUGAGGUGUGUUUUGUUUUGCAUCUCAUUAAUUAAUAGUCACCAAUUUUUGAAACUGAGAUACUGUGACUGUUGUGUACAAAUAAAAACCUGUCUGAUGUUAGAUAGUGUUGUGGGUGAGACAUGAGGAAACAAAACAGACCCAGACAGACACACCAGGCAGCAGAGCCAAAGUACAGUAGUGGGCUUUAGCUUCAUGCUUUUACACAGUAACAGUCACUAUCUGUAUGAAAAAGUAAGCUGCUGAUACAGAUAAUCUACUAAAUAUCAAAUAUGAGCCCCAAAGGUUGGAUGACGGUCUGGCUUUGUUUGUGUUGUGGAUGUAAACUUGAGAAACAAAAGGUUUUUUAUAGUUGUAUUCCCUCAUUAGAAAGACCUGUCGUAGGUUAUUUGACAGAUUUCUCUCGCCAUAGUUCUGAGCUCACUGAGAUCUUGUUUACUCACAAUGGUCUAGUCUGUUGACAGUCAGGUGCAUGUGCUGUAGUGAAGGACUGAAGCAGAGAGGGGGUGGGGGUUGCAGGAGAAUAUCAAACAUGUAAAAAUGGAUGAAGGUUAAGAGUUGAAAUAAGCCAGUUAAAGCUUUUCUGUAACUUUAAAAAUAUAGAACCUUUAACACAGUCUGAACCCUGUUUCGAUUUGAUUUCACGUCCCCUUUUAUUCCUCUGAAGAGUGUUAGGUCAUAUGCAAGCUGCGACCACAAGAACGAACUGACUGUUUGCUUUUGUUAAGACUUGUUUUGUCCCAACAAAUAGAUCCAGGAUGAAUAAAAAAGAGAAUUCAGAUAUUGUUCAGACGCUCACAGGUUUUCCUCUUUGAUAUUGUGGACGUGACACUUUUCUUUUCUGUUAUCCAUUGUAAGAACACAUAGUGGCCGUGUUGCAUAACCUCUCGGGCGUUUGAUGUUCGUGGUCGACUCUUACCAGGAAAAGGGGCUGACCAGGGUGGAGAGACACCUUUUUUAAAAACAUUCCAGCAUAACUUAAACGUUUAAAGAAGAGAGGGGAAGUUAUGUAAAACACGCCUUGUGACAGGGUUAAGUCUAGGUUCUCGUUCGCAGAGUGACCCUGAUAAAGAGUCAUACACUGAAGUAACCUCAAAUAUUUAAGACCAGCGGAGAAGUGCUGAAGGUGGAUUUUUCUGCAGUGUGACUUUGUCGAAUAUUCAGUGUUUUCAGCAGUUCAGGUAUUAAUUUAAGUAGUUAAAUAAAAAACUUCUAAGUGCCAAACCCACUGUUUUAAUCAUAUUCUGACUUUUUGUGCUCUCAUAAGUUCAUUAAAAAAUCAAACUUAUUUUUUAAAAUAUAAUGGAUAAAAAGGAGUCAUUUGCUCAGAUCAGAAAUAGAUCAAUGAAGAGGUAAACAAAGGGUUCCCCUGCAUCCUUAAAAAGUCUUAAGAUCUUUUAAAUAAGAUUCGGAAAAUUUUAGGUAAAAAAAGUCUUAAAAGCAGAAAAAAAUGUAAUUAUGCAAGUUAAAGUAAAUUUGCCUUCAAGGUGGAAAAAACUGGGAAUGAAUGAGGAAGAGAAAACAAAACAAAAACAAAGACGACACAAACACUCAGAUAUUGUGAGAAAAUCUCUUUCACGAUGGUUUGAUUCAAAAAGUUAAAUUUAUGUAAAUUAGAACUUUUUAAGCCUUCUUCGUUUUACUUUUAUUGGUUUUGACUUUUGGCUCUUAAAAAUGAGGAAUACGGCACCUCAACUGAUUGUAACGUUUCUCUAAAAUGACCUUAAAAGGUUUUAAAUCCCUAAAAAUAUCCACCAUUUCUUUCUGGAGGGUGUUGGUGAUGGUCUUCUGGACAAGGGUCAGAUCAGCAGACUUCCUCGUGGUUGUGCUUGCGUCUAAUGAAUCAAACCAAGAAAAUCAAAACUUAUGUUCUUUUUUCUCCCUCUUAAAAAAGGGAUUAGAUUAACCGUCCCAAAAAUACUUAAAAUCAGAUUAUUAAUCGUGUUAUAGAUUAUUUAACUAUUCGGCUGUCAGUCAUUUGAAGCUCCUGCUUUAAGGCGGAUAAAUCAAUGCCUCUCAUAUCUGUGCUGAGAUUACCGAACAUUAUCAGUUUCUCUUGCACAAACUAGUCUUUAAUAACUCUAUCUGGAACCAGUCCCACAUUAGCACAUAUUAAUCUAUGAUUAAUAUUAGAAUAGUCCAUCUCCAUGAUGAUUGUCUGUAUGCUUUCGUAGUUUAUAAAGAGGUAUGAGUAUUUACUUCAGCCCGAUCAGCUCAAAACUUCAAAUUCAAGCUCAUUUAAGACUCCAUUUGUCGGCUCGUUCACCUGUUACAAAACCCACUUUUCAGGAUCAACCAUCGACAGUUACAUAAGAUUAUAACUGACAGUUGGUUUAACAUCAGUAUUGUUACUUAAAACAGCUGCAGGCUUCUUAUUAGGUGACUAAUACUUAGAUAUAUCAGACUUGUAAGAAACACCUUCUUAUGGCAUUGCUCCCAGUCCUGCCAACAGAAAAGGCGAACAUGAAGGUGUAUGCAGCAUGUUUGGGCUUGUCCUCUCUGGGCUGUUCCCUUAAGGGAUCCAGGAGGACAAAAAAAAACUUUGUAGUGAACCACAAAUUAAACACGGUACGAUUAUGUUGUCAGCAGAACAGGCUGAAAAAUGACAGUUAAAAGAAAAAACAUGGAGAUAAUGAAACAGAAAAUUCAAGAUCUUUGUGCAUGAAUCAUCCGUUCCUCUUUUGUGGAUGUUUGAGGACUGUUGUCACCUGAUCUGAGCAUGUUUCAGCAGGACUGUGGUCUGCUCUGUUGCAUGAUUUGCAUAUUGUACAUACAUGCCGUACAGGGCACGUGUGUAAUCUCUGCAUAGCCGCCCUAUUGUCAGCCCGCGACCAAGAAAGACGUCCAUUGAGAAAGGUCACAUGAAGACAUCACGAGUGAGCGGGAAAGAAUUUCAGAAGUGGAAAAAGAGAACAACAAAAGGAAGGAAGUGUUGUGAGAGGGUAUGUACAGGAUUGCUGCAGAGUUGACAGGUGAAACCAGAAGGACACAGAUGAGCAGUCAGUGAAGAUUUCGUGCUUUUCAUUAAACUGCUUUCUCUUCGUGUGUUUGCAGGGUAAACACACUCCAACACCUCAGAGUGGCGAUGCAAACACAAACGCAAAGUAUUCAGCCGUGCACCGCGUUUAUGGAAGCUGUUUGAAUCCAACCUGCAACUUCCUUUGGUUGAUGGUAAAAGGUUGACGCUCCUCGACCUCCAGAGGCGAUUAACAGAAGAACAGUGAAACUUCAUUAACAAACUUUAGAAGUUAAAGUCAUUUUAACUCUCCCCAAUGUCUCCUGGGCGUCAAAGCAAAGCUAAAUACUCAUUUAAAAGUAAUCAAGCAAAUAUUGUGGCAAACUUAACAUAACACAAACAGAUCUUUUAUCGUCUCUACUGACCUGACUACCUAGAAUAACUCGUUCCCUGUAAACAGCGACUGUCUGAACUUCACUACAGCAGGAGUUAUAACUUUUCCACAAAUAUCCAGAAAACCGCAGUCAGCCUCCGAGUGUCGAUGUUAUCUUUAGCGGGAAGAUGCAUGUGAGAUUAAAUAAACUACUCCAAAAACAAGCGGCCCUUGUCUGAGCUGAGCUGAGGUUGGACUGAAAGUGUAUUUUAAGUUUAUGGAGUCUUAUUCUCCUCAAACAACAAUGGCAGCAGUUUUUCAGAUCCCAGAGGAGGCAUCGAGUCAGGGAGGUGACCUUAAAAGUAGGACAGAACAGCAUGUCUUCAGUCUGCUGCUUUAUGUAAACACAGACUAUUACCUCAGAUACUCUUCCAGUGAUCUUCAGCCGAGGUCAGAUUGGAUUCAUGUUUAAUAAUCAGAGCGGUUUGUGUGUACGUUAACUUUGAUUUCUCCCCUUAGGGUUAGAUAAGUUUGUAUUCACUCGUGGAGCUGGUAUAACUUAUAACGUCACAUGACUUUACUCUAACAGGACACACUGACACAGUUCUGGGGUCACAGAAAUCUAAAGGAAGCAUCUAGAGUGUGUAAGCGUCUCCUGAUGUCGUUUCAAAGUGAAAGUAAGGAUCAGGGAAAUAAUUUUCUGCUUCGUUUAGACUCAUUCAGACGCAGCUGACAGAGACCACUGUGAAAAUCUCCUCCAACUUUAUAGCAUCUUGAAGGCUGUGGUCUCCUUUUAGAAAGAGUGCAUGAUACUGGAUUUUCAAUCUUGACUUGAGAUAGACAGAUUAAUCAGUCAUCUUAGUAAUGGCUUUUUGUCGUAUCUACAUCAACCCUCACACACUACCUUUAAAGUCUUCAACAUGUUUUAAAACUGGAAACUUCAGUCCUAUUUAAGGGUGUCCUGAUACCAUAUUGAUAUUGAAUUUCGAUCCUAUAUCAGCAAAAAAAACGAAUAGCUGUAAUAUUGGUAUGCAUCUAAAAUCUCCGAUAUCAGCACUCUGAUGCAAGCAGUCCAUUCCAGACUCCGCUCCGGCACCUCUAACUAGCAGCGUCCUGAUCCAGCAUGGUGAUCCCACAGAAUCACAAUAAAAGUGUGUACUAAGGAAGUCUGAAAAAGACGUUGCAGCUGAGUGAAAAACUUGUCAUGCACAAUUUUGUGCCAAUAUCGGAUCAAUAUCGGUCAUUAUUGAAGGUACAAUAUCGGUAUCGUAUCUCAAGUCAAAAAGUUGUAUCGGGACACCCCUGGUCCUAUUUUUGUGUCUCUCUUGGUUGAAGCUUUUCUCUGCAUGAAUAGUAGAAGGUCGACAGUGACGGACUGGAGCGGUGCAGGUUCGAUCAAACCUGUGUGAGCAGCUCUGUAACAAGAACCAAAGGGAAACUAAGUUUUCAUGUCCUAUCACCAACCAAAGUGGGUCAUUUUCUCUACAGUACAACUGCUGCACACGCUCACAGCUGCUGUCGGCCUCUCGUCUGGACGCUAAAUUGGGUGUUUAAAUUAUUUGCAGCACAUGAUGUUAAUGAUCUGAAUUCAAAUGAGUUUCAGUUUCUUCCCUCUGCAGCUGAACUCGGUGACUUUUCUCAGCCGUUGUCAUCCUGCUGUGGUCUUCUGUGUGUGUUGUGAUUGUGUUAUGUUUUCCUGCUGUGAUGAAUGCAGGAUCUGUACCAGUGUGUGUACAUGCAUGUGUGUGUGUGUGUGUGUGUGUGUGUGUGUGUGUGUGUGUGUGUGUGUGUGUGCCUUAGAGUGUGUGGAGUGGAGCCUCAUUUCCAUCCAGAGCAGCGUGUAACAGUCAUCCUUUGGCCCCCGUACUCUCAAAGCUUCAGCCUCCACAAAGCUCACUUUGUCACAGCGAACAGGCCGGGGCCUGCAGCUGGGCUGCAGUAAGCCGAGGUCCCCUCUCGUUGCUCCCGCGCUCCCUCACUGCUACAGAAAAGCCCCUCGCCUAAAGGAACACGCUAAAAUGACUGAAGACAUGCCAGAAUAUGUUUCAACCUGACAGUUCUGGAGGAACCGUACGAACUCAGGCAGGUUAACCACACAUGGAAAGUUUUAGUGGUGUGACAGCUCUGGCCUGUGAUUGAUCACAAAGUUCUCGUAGAGGAUAAUUACGCCAAAUUUGUGAAAAUUUAUUGGCAGAAAUGCACGAAUGCAUCUGCAGAAAUCACCUGAAAAAAACAAGGAUCUACAGCUGCCCAUGAAGGACAAAUCAAACAGGUUUAGAUUCGGCCUUUUUGCUUAUUUACUGAUUAUCUGCACAUCUGCACAUUUGUGAACCUUGUUAGAAAUCUCAUCGUUUUGUCUGUUGUUUGUUGUUGCAAAGAUGCUGCAGAUCUGUGGAGUAAAAACAUGUUUAAUUCCAGUUCACAGAGGAAGAUUGUUCUGUGCAUUAGGGCUGUCACAGACAUGCGGUUAUGACAUGCAUACUUUCAGUCACAGGCUCUCGCAGUGUGACAAUGCCUCACAUUCUUCAAAUCGAUGUCCGUGUUUGUCUCAAGAGGAGACACAAUAAGAGAUUGUGCUCAGUGUCUGCCCCAGCUAACAAAGACAUCAACGCUCGAGGACUCUGACAUAUAAACUUUAUCACCGAUAAAUCACUCAUCCUUUAAACGUCACUAUGAAGAUAAAGCUGAUGGACUUUUACUUAAAUAGGAGUACGGCUGCAUCUCUGGGUGUCUGUUUUUAACCUGAUAAUCACCGUUAGAGUCCAAGAGAGAAGGUUGGAGAGAAGGCCUCCAGAGAGCAGACUCUUGAGCCUGAAAAAGCAAAGUUAAACUGUCAUAAUUAAUCCAUUCAUUUAUUAAUCAAUGAAUAAAACAACUAAACUGAAACUAGUUUGAUUAUCGGUGUUGGUUUGGUGAUCCUUUAAGUGUCAUAUCAAACAUUCAGUGGUCCUAGUUACCUAAAAGUGGUGAUAAGAUGUAAACUUGAAGGUUUUUGAAAACCCGAAAAGCAAUUUUAAUACAUAAGUGGUGUAUUUUUAAAGUUUAAUGAUGUCUGACAACUUUUUUACACUUUUAUCGGCCCUUGGAUUAACUGUCUUAAGUUCGGUUUGAUCUGUUUUCUGAAUUAUCUGGAUAAGCAAAGAUAACAAAGAAACGACCUUCAGGACUCAUUGAACAAUCAAAGUUUUUCUCUGUUCACUUGUCGUCUAAUCACGUGUGUUUAUCGUGUGUCUCUGCAGUGUUUCCAGUGUGGCGGGGGAUCGGGGCCAGUAGCGGCGUCGCAGGUGGGUGGAGCCAAGGCUGGGGACGCUGCUUGCGAUGGGAGCCGGACAGUCUGGGACAGAGGGUCCGGAUCCCGGUGUUUGACUACCCCGUCUGGGUUGUCCUCUGCCGUGGGGGACAAGCCAGGCUGAGGGAGGUCUGUCAGAGAGGGAGGGGGGCCAUCCGACUGCCGACAGACAUGCUCAGCAUCAAGCUUCCCGAGCUCUUUGACAUCCACCAGGUCCCAAAGGUAAGGACGGAAGAAACUUCUCUGCAGGGUUUGAAGUGUUUUCAGUCGUCCUGCAGGAUUUUAACCUGCUGUUUUACUUCCAAGUUUACCGACCUCUCAGUUCAGGAUGUUCACUCUCUGCUCUUUGGGACAGGUGCUCAAAAAUCACUGAAUUAAUUUGAGAAAUUGAUAUUUGAUGUUUGUUUGCAGAGCUGCAGGAUGCAAAAAAAAAAAAAAACAUGCUGCAAUGAUUAAAUAAAUAUAAAAGGUGCAUCUCAGCUAUAGCUCAUGCUUGAAACAAUACGACCGCUCUUAGAUCCAAAAUAAAUCCAGAAAGGUCAUUUUUCCCCACGCUAAAUUAAGCUGAAGUUAAUCUUCGGUUGUCUGAAAGCUUGCUAAGGUUCAUUUUUCUGCAUCAAAGUGACGUGAAGGCAUGGCAAUUAUACCAAAAUCUUAUUUAUUGUGAUAAAUUGAGAUCUUUUGGUGUGUUUAUAGUGGAUAUUCAUAAUGCAAUAACUCUGAAAUUAUGAUUGAUUGUGCAGCCUCUGAAUUUGCUGGGCAAUAACUCAGAACCAGUAGAAGCAGUGAGAGUGAAGAUGUAAAAAAACACAAAAACACGACUUUAUUUGGUUAUUUUAGUCAAAUAUAAAAGCUGAACAGCCGAUCUGAGUUUGCAAAAAUGAUAACUUAAUUCAGUCCCAUUGCAUACCUGCUUAUAAACCGUGUGUCAGAUGACUGAAGGAAGUGUCUGCAGACAUAUUUAGAUCAUUAUCUUAAACUGGCUGGUGCUGAUUGUUUCAAAAUGACAUUAAUUGACAUCAUUAUCAGUUUAUUUCUGUUCAUUACUGCAUCCAGCCAAGACAAUCAGAAGCUUGAUGGUUCUGGAGAAGCUGCUCUCCUCUCCUCUCCUCCCCUCUUCUCUCCUCUCCUCUCCUCUCCUCUCCUCUCCUCUCCUCUCCUCUCCUCCCCUCUUCUCUCCUCUCCUCUCCUCUCCUCUCCUCUGUCUCUGUCAUUGUUUAUGUCGUGAAUGCUUUACUUUUCUUCAGUACUGUACAGCAGCCUCCUACAGUAAUGCCAGGAAUCUGUCAGAGCAGUCUGCGCAGACGUGACCGAACAUGAACAGUAGACAGAGCAACUCCUCGGGGGGGAGCUCAUAUUUCACAAACACAAAGAGUUUUCACAGCUGUGGACAAGAUGAAAAACGAUAAAACAUGAGUUUGAUUUAAUCUUUGUGUGAUGAGUUUAUCUUUUGGAUGUUUAGAUGAACUCUAGAUUAACACAGGCUGAGUGUCAGACUGUUGCUCUUACAGAAAAGUUAAGGCAGCAUUCAGAUCACUCUGCACCAUCAUGCUUUUUUUAAUACCAAUUCAACAUAAAGUCAAAGUGUCUCAUAUGGCAUUUAAACAAGGAUUGAGUGAUUUGGCCAAAAAUGUUAUUAUUAUUAUCAUUAUAAUGAUCUCGAUUAUUAUCACGAUUUUUUUAGUCCUGAGUAUUUUUGCAGGUAUGCAGGACCCAAAAUAAAGAAAUUUCCCCCUCAGAGAUGAUGAAGACGCCCUAAAAUGUAAACAUUAGAUGAUGUAAACGUAGAUGAUACGAUUGAUUGCUUUGGUCUGGUGGCUGCACAGUGAGUUGUGGCUUAACUGCUAAUGCUACUUGUGCCGUCAGCAGUGAGAAGAACUUCCUCAGAUGAUUAAACAGAUCUGUUGUGUUGUCAGUUUUUUAGGACACUGACUGCCGACAUACCUUACACAUCGGCUUAAUUGCUCAACGUCACUUUGGAGAUACCCGAACGACCGUCACACAAUCAAUGUUAAAUAACGUUUCUCAGCAAUAACAUCUUCAGAGGAUGACUCAAAGUCACGGCUGACAUCUAUUUUGCUGCCCUCAGCUCCGCGUUCGGCUCCAUGUUCCGUCAUUCUGUUUACUUCUCCUGUUUACUUCUACGGCAACUUACAGAAGUGAGCAGGAAAAGCUCGACUCUGAUUGGCUGUUGUGACGCAUAUUUCGGCCAUGUUUGAUCGAGUAAAUAUGCUCACAGCUGAUCACUGUGAUCAAACUGAAAUUAUUAAUCACGAUCAUAUAAUCACCCAGUCCAAGUUUGUGGGUCUUAAUGUAAGGAUAGAAAUUAAGGAAUUAAGGAUUCCCUCACCAUAUUUUACCAUUGUUUAUACUCUAACUUGCACGCUAAGAGGCAGGACUGGAUUUUGACUGGACACAUUUGGUAUCUUCAAGCUAAAUUAUUCCUAGACUGACUGUAUUACUUCAAGAAGGUGUUUAAGCUACUGCACUGGGUUAAGAGAGGGGAUAGAGGGAGAUGGGUGCACAAAGCAGGCAGGUCCACGGCAGCAAAACAUCCGCAGCAGCAUCCAGAGGGCGCUACGGCAGGUGUGUGUGUGUCUACGUAUGUCUGAAAAGUCAAGGGACAGGAUGAGUACACCUGGAGAGGCCUUAAUCCAAGCUGUAGUCUUAGAUAGUAAAAUGGAUUGCCGACGAAAUGAGAAGGAACAGACCGUUUAUGUAGAGUAACCCAUGGCUUUGUUUGGGUUAAAUCUUUAACAGGACUAGGAUCAUGGGGGCAGGGAGGCAGAUUAAAACUUUGAGGAGGUUAAUGACAACUUCUGUUGACUCUGAAGUUAAUUAAUGGAUUCACAGUUAGUUUCUUUACUAAUGGAUUCAUGAGUAGACUGUGACCAGAUCUGAUAAUAAAAAACGGGAACAAGAAAUCUUCCUCAUACGGGUUAAAAACACGCCUGUCAUGUGUGACCGAGCAGCACAGAUAGUGUGUGUAUGUUUGCUUCUGUGUGUUUGUUUGCUGAUGGUUUGUCCUUCAACAGGAGGCGGAUUCCUGCAGUUCAAGCAUCUGUGUUGGCAGACGUCCACAGCUCUGUCCGCUGCUGCGACCUUAUCUGUUGUGAUGAUAAUAAACAGUCCUUGUUGUAAUAGUUCAGCGUCACAGUCUGCAGCCAACAGUUUCAGUUCUGGUGACCCUCAUCUGCUUUCAUUGGUGUUAAAAUAUUGGAGUUUCUGUGUGUGAGAGAGAUUAACUAAACAAGUUUAAAACACAUCAGGUCUCUGUGGUUAAAGGGUUUCUCCCUGAACUGAAAGUUUAAUCUGGAGAUAAAACAGGUGAUAAAGUUAGGACGUGUUUCUUUCUCUCUGUCUCACUGAGUUAUGUAAGAGGCUGUUCUCGCCCAGAAAGUAAAUAAUGAAAAAAUAUGCAGCUCUUCUCGGACAGUUCAUGGCUGAAACCUCGACGACAGCAUGUUUGAAUCCUCAAGUUGACAUCUGAGGAAAAUAUUUGCAUCGUCAUCUUUGUUUGUCUUCACAUCAUUGUGCAUUUGGGUCAAAGGAAACAGGUUUUUCUGCCGUCUUUGUGUAAGAAUCAGCGUUCUGUAACAUUAAACAUGUCGGGUGUAAACUGCUGAAGUCAGCUGAUCUCAGUCUGAGUGCUGACAAAUCUUAGAAGGAGUCACCCGAAGCUUUAAGUUUUUCUUUCAACAAUUAAACAUCAAAAUACCCUAAAUGUUAUGAGUAUUAAUCAUGUUCCACCAAAACAAAGUGCUUUUGUUUAAUAAAACAUUUCACGGUCCAGAGAUGCCUCCUCUGGUUCUUCACGGUUUUCAGGUUUUUUAGUUUCUCACCUGGACUCUCCGUUUCCGUCCGCAGGUUUUCAGGGAGGACAGCAUCAUCUCUGGAUACCGUCACCCCCGGAGCUCAGCGCUGGACUGCGUCCUCAGCAGCUUCCAGAUGAACAAUGAGACCGUCAACAUCUGGACCCACUUCCUGCCAACAUGGUGAGUUGUUGCUUAAUAGUAGUUUAUUAAUUUAUCAAUGCAGAAAAGUAUCUCCAAACUAUGACUAUAAUCCAUAUAUUUUCUCUGAAUCCUUCUAUAAAUAAAAGUCAACAUUAUGACUGAGACCGGAGUAAAUCCAGUCAUCUUCUCCAAACAAAACCUGGCUGUAAAUUUAAGGCUCUUCAGUAAGUCCAGCUGUAAAAGCAGAGCAGAGUUUGAACAGAUCAGCAGAGUUAUGGAAAUCUCUGUUUAGUUUCUGAGAGGGGAUUCCUUAAACUCUCAGUACGCCGUAGAAAUAAUAAACCGGGGGAUGAAAUACCGUCAGAAAGGUGGGAAAAAGUUAGAUCAGGAUCUUUAAAAAUCUACGAUAAGCUUUAAACACAAGAAGAGUCUGAGUUUAACAGGUCUGUGAAGUGGGACAGUCAAAGUUUGAACGAUGACUCUGUUGUUGUGAAGACUCUGAAAUAUGACCCGGCGAUGCUCUGCAGGUACUUCCUGUGGCGUUUCUGCGUCCUCUGCUCCACCCUCAACUUCCUGACCGACAGCUACACCUGGCCCCUGCUGGUGUACAUGCUGCUCAUCUGCAUCUACCCCUUCACCUCCAGCUGUGCUCACACCUUCAGCACCAUGUCCCCGGAGUCCCGACACAUCUGCUACUUCUUUGAUUACGGAGCGCUCAGCCUCUACAGUCUGGGUGAGACUUCAGGAGAGUCCUACAAGUACACUCUGUUGUGCAGAGAGAGUUCAGAGUGAGGGAUGAUUUCAGGCUGUUACAGAGUUGAACUGAACAAAACAUUCCUACCUGCUGCAUUUGGCCUAUUUGUAGUUUUUUAUGUCUAUUUGGAAUAAUUAUUGAGUUUUAAAAGUUAGUGAAACAAAAUGUAUCAGUGCAGACACUCAGAAGCUGAAUAUAUUCAUCGUUAUCUCAUUUAUUUCCCAAAGGUUCGGUGCAUAAGUCACAUUUAACCCCAGAUCUUUGUCACUUGUCGUUUUUUGUGACUUCUUCAGUAGUUAGUAUUUUGUUUUGUUUAUUUCAUCCUUAAAAAGCAGCGAGAUACAACAUCAUAUUGUUCUGCUAGCGUGUGGAUGAAAAGAGGAUGUGUUAUUUCAGUCUCAUGUCACACCUCACAUUUGCAUUCGGAUAAAUACGUUUUCAAAUUAUAUUCAAACCAGUAUUUUAAUGUCCUUUAGGAAUGCAAAUCUGCUUUUCUAACUGAGCCUACGGUAUAACUGGUCAGCUCACUCAGGGUGUUUGUGUUUCAGGUUGUUCAGUCUGCUGUCCGUCUUUACUGCGUUGCUCAUUAUGUCCGUCUAUAAGAUCACACCUGCAGACCAGCAGUCAAAUAUUUACAAACUUGAACUCGAGUUCCCUCCACAAACUGUGUGGUCCCCGACAGGCUGAUCUUUAAUCUACCCCAAAGCUGCUUAGAGCCGAAACUUGGCCUGUUUAUGGUGUUCAGAGGGAGGGGGAGUAAAAUCACAGUUUAAAGCGUGCAGACGCAGAGAUGUGGGGAGAGGUGAGCAGGUGACCUCUCAUCUAUAUGUGCUGCUUCUUAAGAUCAUACAUCUUUAAAUCAUCACAUUAAACCAGGAGAUCCUCUGAUAGAGUUCAUGAGAUGUUUUGAAUUAUAGCAAACAUACAAACCAUGAUGUGUAGGGUAUGAAUGAAUUUAUAACUUUGGCGACUCCCAGUGGUUGAUCCAGGAAAUGCACGAUUUAAUCGUAUGUGUUCACCACCAAACAGAGGAUGUGUUGCUGCAGAUACACAAAGCAGUGGGUGACAGUAUAGAUAGAGGAAUAAGUAUGAAUUUAUUGUUUUUUCACAUUAUAAGGAACCAAAUAACCUCAAAUUUAUUCGAAUUUUUCUUCAGAUAUUUAAAACUGAAAUUAAAAACAUGCACGAAGGAAGAGCUUUGAGGCUAAUGUUGUUAAAAUCUGUAUUUUAAAUUGUUUGACCGUACAUACUUGACUCCAAACCAAUAACCUCUCUUUAUUGUUGCUCUGUGUUUGUGUUUAUGUUUGUGUUUGUGUUCAGGUUGCGCCAUAAGCUAUGGAAACUAUGUCAUACCAGACAGUUUGGUGAACAGCUGGCUCCAUCAGCAUUUCGUCCCCAUCGCCGUUGGAAACACUCUUUUCUGCACCAGUCUGUCCUGUUAUUCCAGGUGAGAGGCUUCAGCGACGUUAUCCCCGCGGUUAGAGGAAGAGAGUUUAUAUAGUCAGAUCGUACUAUAGGAGGCUGAACAUGCAGUCUCUUUGUAAGAUUAGACCUUCAGGUGCAAAGGAUUGUAAACAGAUGUCAAGGAAACUACUUCAGUCUAACCUCCAGGCAACAGCAUUGUAUUUGCAUGAUAUACUUGUAAAACAAUAACAUGUUUGACGACAUUAAAACUGUUUGACACUGCAGCAGUUCUCAAACUUUCCCCUGCAGAUAAAAACGUCAGUGACGCCUUUCUGAGCCAAAUGAAAACAAUAAAGGCUGUGCAAAAUUCAUUAAUAUACCAACAAGGUCAUGGGCUUUUAUUUCUCUUUCUUUCAGUCAUUUCAAUUCAGCAAACAAAAAAAAAACCUCUUUUAUUUCAUCUCCAUUUAUCACUCCCACUUUGUUUAACAUUUACCGAGCGACAUGAGUCUAUACACGACUUUAAAACUGUGUUCUGGGCAAAAGGAGGAACACUAACACUUCUUUGUCAGGUUGCCACAUCAGCCUCUAGUGUGUUUUUCUUUUUCACUAAAGUACACAAAAUGAAAAUAUUUGUGCAAUCACUGCCAGAGGGAGUUUGCGGUUUCUUGCACUUCUCUUCAGUUCUGCCCGCAGCUUUAAAUGAAGCAAUGAGUGUUUUGUUGUUCACUGAUGCAGCUCUCACAAAACCAAAGGGCCUGCUGGCAAAACUCACAAAGUUUCCCCGGUAAUAAUUCAAGUGCCUGUCGGGUCUCAUUCUGUCAGCUGCCAAUAUUUACAGACACAGAAAACACACUGGCUCUUUUUCACCGUAUUCACCGAGCACAACGGGCUUUGUCACAUUUCCUUGACAUGUUUUGAGUUGAUAUCUGUCACCUGUCUGUUUUUUCUGUUCAUUCCUCUCAGAUGUUUCUACUCCGUCAGCUUCGUGUUUUUUAUGGUUGUCGGCCUUAAAUUUAGUUUAAAUCUUGGUUCAGGUCGGUGACAUCUGCCUUAAUGCCUGAUGGGGCGCUCACACCAAGUAAAAUCAUCUACUCAUGAAUCUAGACGCGUGAAUGAAUAGUGUUUACUCACUUCAUUCGCGCGUUUAUAGCCGUGUAUGCUAAUUUCAGCGGUAAUCCUGCCAAUUCGACCGGCGGGAUCAAGUGAUAGACAAAGAUUUUUUAUAAUUUAUCUACUCAUGUUGAGACAUUUUUAGCUCACGCCAAAUUCGCGUCAUUCGCGCCGCCAGAGUAGUGGAAGCGUCUAAUCGCAUCUUUGCAUUGACUUAACAUGUAAUUCAUUCGCGCGAAUGAUUUUACUCACGCUCAGUAUGUGGAGACAGUUGGAGCUCUACUACUCAGGCGUAAACAGCUUGAACAUCUUAUAAGGUGGUGUCGUUCUGGAGUAUUUUGAUCUAGACGAAGGAGAUGAUUUUAAUGUUUAAUGUUUAAACCUGCAGGGAGGACCUGAAACUGGUGGUGCUCGCUCUGCUAACUUAAGCCACACCCACAGAGUCUGUACUGUGGUUAUCCAUCUUAAGUAAAUUGUGCUCAAUUGACUGUUUUGCAAGUUUGCGCUUACAUUUAGUCUGAUUAGUUUGUCGGAAUUUAGAUUUUUAACGAACAAACGUUUACUUUUUAAAAAUACCUGAAUUAUAUUGAUGUUACCAAGAAUAAAAUGUUUUGUCUUUCUGUCCUUCAGGUUUCUGGAGCUGCAGUUUCCUCAGAGAAGUAAAGCUCUGAGGACCGGCGCCUUCAUCGUCCCGUUCAUAUUUGACACUGUUCCUCUGUUUUACAGGGUGAGUGUUCACGUCUUCAUUUGUACUACAUUUCUGCUUUAAUCUGCAGUCAUUUCAUCUCUGUGAACUAAAGUGUCUUUAAAAUAAGUUGUUUUUCUGUGUAUUUGUGUCGUUAUGUAAGAACUGGGAGCUGAUUAGCACCAGGGCUUUAAUUCCUUGAGCGGGUCUUUGGCUCACUAACCCAGAAACUGAUUUCCCUUCUUAAUCUAAUGGGAAUGUAUCACUGCCAUCAAUUAAUUCCCUUAAUCGGUGGAGAGAUUAGUUUGUGCGAUACAAAAACCAUUUGUUGGAAAAACGUUUGGAUCUGGGUCAGAAAUGCAGCGAACUCUGCUCUAACAAGGAGUGUUGAUAACAGAUUAGACCGGUCCAUGAAUAAUUUCAAUCAAUGUAAGAUGAGUCUGUCUUGUGUUUUCUUGUCUAUGUCUGAUGUAAACUCAGACUCUUUUGUUCUCUUUCUUCUGCCUGUAGAUCCUCCUCUGCUGCUGCGGAGGAAGCUGCAGUCCAGGCGAAGCCUUGACCAAUCACUGUUACCACCUCCUCUUCGCUUUCCUCACCUGCUUCCUCUUCACGGCCCACCUCCCGGAGAGGUUGGCUCCAGGGCGCUUCGACUACUUCGGUUCGUCGUUCAUUGAAAGUGAUAAGUUCUGACUCACUGUUACAUGACUUAACGUUCACAUGAUGUUGAUAAAACAGAAGAAGAAGAAAGAGUGCCACAUUUUUUCCCACAUGGUGCCGCAGCUUCAGUAUUUGAGGUCUAAAGUCUUUUCUUUCAUGUCUUCACCGCAGAACAAUACAGAUUAAACAAUGGCCCUGAAUCAAACAGACUUUCAUGUGAUACGAUAUUAAAUUACACAAACUUCUCUGCCUGUGUCGAGAUAUUUACAUGGGAAAGGUCUCAAUCAGGUUUGGGUUUGUUAUCUGAAAAAGUCUGAACCUUUGAUUCAAACGUGUCUCGGCCCAAAAGAAGGAGCCGCGGUGUUUGUUCUCGGACAAAGAGUUUUGAAGUCGGUGGUUCAGACAGACGGAGCCUCUCUCAGCUCCUGGUUUUGUUGUAAGACCUCUCUGACCCUGUUUUCAUUCGGUUUUCAGGAUUUUUCCAUUAUAUCCACUUUUUUUAACACCGUCUAUCAUUGCAUCUUCAAGGUCGAGUGUUGAGCACUGCCGCCAGAAAAGAGAUCCAGAGUUGAUAAGUUUUGAGGUCCCAUUCACAGUCGAGCUGUUCGGUCUACUUUAGAUGAACCCCGGUCAGAUAGUCUGGUAUGUUAGGAGAGGUGAGAGGCUGCUGUGGGUUGCAAUGUACUCUCUCUCUCUUCUCUCUCUGUGGCUUCGUCUCAUAUGCUUCUUCUUCGUUCGGUGUUCAGCAGCAUCUUCCUCGUUAGUGAAGUUUCCUCGUUCCUCGAAACUUGGAAUCAAAAUUUUAAGAUUUGAACGAAUCAGGAGAAUUGAAAUGUUAGUCCCGGUCUCUAUCGAUGCUCGAGACUCGAUACCCAACCCUCGGUGUAAUAGCAAAAAGGAUCAGCUUGUUAACCAAAGGCAGAAAAUGGUGAAAAGCCUGGUGCAUUGUGGGUCAAUAUCUGUGUGUCACCUGAUCAACUCAUCACACUCUGAAUCUUCUCCUUCAGGUCACAGCCACCAGCUCUUCCACAUCAGCGCCGUGGUGGGGACUCACUUCCAGAUGGAGGGCGUAAUAGCGGAUAUGAUGUCACGGAGGGCGUGGCUCAUGGCCCACGGGACGACGCCGUCGUUCCUGGGAACCAUCGGCGUGCUGGUGGUCAGCCUCGUCUUGAACCUGGGCAUAAUCGGCAUCUUCAGCGCCCCGCUGCUGUGGAAACCCUGCCACCCCGGCUCCAACCAGACGCACACGCCGGCAUGUGAGCGGAAGGAGCAGUGA